GGCAGAAAUAAGAGCUUACCUGGAGGGGCUCCUGUAAACACAAAGGCCGCUGCAGUCCCAAAAAGGGAACUACUUAUAGUCACACUGGCCCAGCAAAAACUGAAUUUCUUUUCAUCUAUUGUUGUUUGUUUGUUUUGGUUUCCAUAGUUAGUUAAGAGAGAGUCUUUAAAGGGGGAUGAUUCAAAUUAUUUUUUAUGUUAUUUGUUUUUACUUUCAUUUUCAGCAACGGCAAAUGCUCAGCCUGAACAAAGAGACCGGUUAAGCUGCUCUCCUGUUUCCCUGUUUCAGCCUCGAAUCUGACACUACAAAAAAAGAGGUACUAGAAGCUGAGCGUGUGCUGUGCUCUCACGCUGGGUUUGUGGUCACCUUGCUACAUGAGUCUGUCACAGGAUGUCUGUCAGCAAUUCGAUGAGACAUCUAAGAAGACCACAGAUGUUCCCCUUCCUUCUGCUUGAGAGCGAAGUAUACAGAAGGCAGCAGCAGUCACCUACGGAUCCAUUCAGGCGCACAGAAACAGAGAGAUGGAAACUUCUGAGCGGCCGGGGCGAAUUUCACGACGCCUCCAGGUGUCCCUGCUUCUACUCUGCCUGAGCAUUGCUGUGCAGUGGGAUGUGUGUGAAAGCCAGAGAGUCAUCGACAUAAAUAAAGGCCCUCUGUAUCGCGCAGCUGGCUACCCGCUGGAAAUCUUCUGCAAAGUCAGCAACGUGCCAAGCUACACUCGACAGCACUUUCAGUUCUCCAUCUAUAAGCCGGCCCAGCCCAACCAACCAAUCAACAUCAUCAGCACCAAAGACCCCAGCUUCGCCUAUGCCAAAUAUUCUACAAGAGUGAGAACCAAAGACAUCGAGAUUGAGCGGAAGAGUGAAUUCUCUGUUGUACUUCACAUAAAAAGCACGGACGAUUCGGAUGCAGGCGAAUAUGAGUGCUCCACCCCCAAUCUAGAUAGCUCAUAUUUCGGCAGUUAUGCUGAAAAGACCAAGAUAAACAUCAUUCAGGACACUCUGAGUGCCUCAUCUGAUGACACUGUCCUGUCCAAGAUGGAGGGAGAGUCACUCACGCUGGACUGCGAGGUGUCUACCCAAAGCUUCCAGCACACCCACCUGUCCGUCACCUGGUACCUGCAGGUGGCUGGGGACAGCCAGGCCCACCCCAUUAUCCACCUAGACUGGGAUUUUACCCUGAAGCCAGGGGAAGGCUUUGAGGACCGGUACCACACCGGCCUGCUCAGCUUCAAUAAGGUGGGUGGGACCACCUAUCGGCUGGCUCUGUCUAAGGUACAGGUGAACGACCAAGGCACCAUCUUUUGUGAGGGCAGUGAGUGGAUCCAGGAUCCUGACCUCUCAUGGUACAGACUGGCCUACAAAAGAACCAACGGAACAAGCCUCCAGAUCCAGCCAAUGACUGCUGAUCCAGACUUCUUUUCUGUGCGCUUGGAAACCCCUAAGGAGGGUAUCCGGGAGGGUGAACUUCUGAAGAUGAAGUGCACAGUGGAGGCACAGAAUCUUCCAGAUCGAUAUUUCACUGUGGCUUGGCUGCGACUUGGCAAGGAGGUGGCCCGUGUUGGCCCCACAGGAGUGCCCUCUGUCACCCAGGAUUAUGAACGCAGGGAGCAAGAAGGAGAGGUCAGCGUGGUGAAGAAGAGUGACAAGGAUUACAUGCUGUCCUUCAGGCCUGUCAGACAGCAGGACCAGGGGGAGUAUAAGUGCAAGAUCUGGAGGGUAGACAAGGGUAAAGGGGGAGCCUUCAUUCAGGGGCCGAGCAAAGAGUCCAAAGUGGAGGACGUGCAGAUCACUGUCACAGAAAGCAACUUGAUGGUAUCUUCAUCAAGCCUGACGGUGACUGCCAUCCACGGCAGUGUGCUGCAGGUCUCCUGCAAAGUGACAGGAGCUAAGGGACAGGUGUCUGUUACCUGGCAGCACAGGGAAGCCCAGGGACCCAUCAGUGAUGUCAUCACCCUGAACCAAAACGGAAUAAUGGAUCCCGGUCCGCGAUUCCAGCACAGGAUGGAAAUGGGGGACGUACAGGUCCGUCGUGUGUCAGCCAGCUCCUUCACGCUCGAGAUAGCCAAUGCACAGCCCACAGACUCAGGGACUUAUAAAUGCAUGGCAUCUGACUGGGUAACCGAUAGCAAUGGGAAUCUGAAAAAGGCUGACACCAAGUCCCUGGAUCUCGAAGCUACUGUGCGGCCUAUGACAUCCCUCAUACGUGCAUCUUUAAGUGGCCGCAAAGUUCAGGAAGCGAAGGAAAACGACACAUUAGAACUCAUCUGUAAAGUGAAGAGGCCCAAGAUACCUUUAUCAGUGACAUGGAAGUUUAAGUAUGACAAUGCAACGUCUGAAGAAGAAAUAGUGUCACUCCUGCAUACUGGUGAUAUAAGGUGGUUUAAAGAAAGCCAUACUUAUCAGCUAAAGGCAGAAGUUCAGGAGGAAGAAACCAGCUUCACACUGAAAAUAUACAGGGCCAGCAUCUCAGAGGCUGGCGUCUACCGAUGUGUCAUUGAGACAUUUUUAAGACAAGUGCAAGUGUCAUUGAAUUCCUCCAACCAUUUACAGGUGAUUGUUACACGACCAGUGAGCACCUUGUCCAUCACGAUGGGACCUUCAUCUCCCCUGAAGUAUAAUGCAAACUCGGAUGUUCUGAUGGAGUGUCGCAUCCUCAAGUCUACAGUCAACUCCAGCCGCUUUGCUGUCUCCUGGCUUGUCCAAAGGGAGGGAGAGAAACAACGCAUACUCAGUAUGGAUCAAGACACUGUCACCUCCGGGAUCCAAGGAGAGAAAAGGUUCAGCCUAAUGAGGAGUGAAGCCCAGCUGUACACACUGAUGGUCAGGCAGGCUAAGCCUUCUGAUAGCGGUCGGCACUACUGCCAGGUGACAGAGUGGCUGCAGGACCCACAAGGGGUCUGGUACGCGCUGUCCUCGCAAUCUGCCUCCGCGGAGCUCAACGUCACACUUCAACCAAGUGAAUUCAGACUGAUGAAAAACAACAUUGAGAUCUCAGUAACAGAAAACCACCCUGUGACUAUCAACUGCACCCUGGGUUCUGGCAGUACCACAUCCUUGUAUCACUAUUCCAUCACCUGGUACUUCAAUGAAGUCAACUCUUCAGCCAGAUUGGAGCUAGCAAAAUUUGGACCUCGAGGUGAACUGGACCCUGCAACUGUAAUACCAGAAGGGAUGUCUUUCUAUCGAACAGCCCUCGACACCUUCAGGCUGACCAUCCAGAAAGCCAGAGUUAAUGACAGUGGCAACUACUCCUGCUCGGUGGAAGAGCACCAACUAGGCCCAGAAAGCACCUUGCUGCUGAAGGCCUCCGAUGAGUCAGGAGUCACCAGAGUCAGUGUGCAGUCAACAGAACCCAAAGAGUUGCACUCUGGCCCCAGCUCCUCUUCAGUGUUCCUGGUUGUGUUUGGGGUCCUUGUGGUUAUCUUGAUCAUCGUGAUUGUGGUCCUGUCUCACAUGCUACACCGCCAGUCCGCUGAAAUGAAGAGGAAGAAGGGGUCCCUGUGGACUGAGAGCCAACCCUUGAAGCCACAGCCAGAGCUGUAAACCCGGAACUGUCCCCCAGUACACAUCCAGGUCUUGUCCUCCACAGGGCAAUUUCUCAGGGAUUGCUCAAUGAGUUUUUUAUUCUGUUUUUGAUGUUUUUGUUAUGUUUUAGUUGAUUAAUGUCUUGCACUAUGAAUCAAUAUUUAAAAUGUGGGCUAUCAAUGAAAAUCAUCCACUAUAAACUCUGAAUAAUAUUACAAUGCUUUCUACUUGAAUGUCUAAUUUAACUAUUAAAGUAAAAGUAGGAGGUGGCAUGGUGGUGCAGUGAUUAGCACUGUUGCCUCAUACCUCUGGGACCCGGGUUCAAGUCUCCACCUGGGUUACAUGUGUGUGGAGUUUGCAUGUUCUCCCCAUGUCGUCGUGGGGUUUCUUCUGGGCACUCUGGUUUCCCCCCACAGCCCAGAAACAUGCUGAGGCUAAUUGGAGUUACUAAAUUGCCCGUAGGUGUGCAUGUGUGAGUGAAUGGUGUGUGAGUGUGCCCUGCGAUGGGCUGGCCCCCCAUCCUGGGUUGUUCCCUGCCUCAUGCCCAUUGCUUCCGGGAUAGGCUCCGGACCCCCCGCGACCCAGUAGGAUAAGCAGUUUGGAAAAUGGAUGGAUGGAAGUAAAAGUAUUUUUCAAAUUUCAAUGCACAUUUUACAAAGAAUGAUUUGUGAAACUUAUGUACAUAGAACUGUACAUAUAGCAUAUUCAGCAUCAGAAAAUAGGACAUCUAUGGUCUUCUCACUGCUUUGGUAACCAAACCACAGAAUGCAUCUUCUAGAUAAAUGUCAGCAGUAGUGUGAAAACCAACUAAUGCUAAGGAAAAAGCAGAGACACCUCUGUUCAAAGAGAAAUUACAAAAGUACUUUGGAUGAAGUUCCCAUUUUAAUGCUUUGCUAUGUGUGAUUAAAAGAAAUGCACCCCUUGUUUUCUAUAUUUUUGAAGAGCCACUGAACUUGUACAACUUCUUAUCUAAUUUCAAACUGUUACAUGAUUGAAUGAAACAUGAACAGUUUAAUCAACAUGAGCACUUUUACUUCUCUUUGUUAGAAUCAAAGUACUGAGUUUGUUGAGUGUUUGAAUGUGCUAGUGUGACUGUAUUGAUACCCUUAAUGUUGCAUUUUUUAUAAAUGCACAGGACAGUAUUUUAUGACGUGGUAUUUUGGGGGUUUUUGUACAUUGUUUAUUUUAUGAAGACAAUGUUCAGGAAAACAUCAGAAAAACAGAAACAUAAAAUUUCAUCUGCUUUUUCUUUUUUUUAAUGUGACAACUUUCCUGUUGAUAUUGCUGCACAGGGAGAGAGAGAGUUAAAAUACCAGCUUUGUGUACCUGUAUUCUAGUAGCUGUUAAAAUGAAGCUAAUGCAAAAAAUAAAUGGAGAAUGGUUAUUUUAAA